AUGUCUUCCACCGAUCCUUCCAAACGCACGAACAGCCUAGCCUGCGAGCGAUGUCGAGCACAGAAGUUACGAUGCGACUGGCCUGCCGCCGGGGUCGUAAAGGAGUUCAAUGCAGAAAGAAUCAUUCUCGUCGCGUUGGUCGCCCGCCGAGGUCGCGAGCAGGGAGGCCAGGGUCAGCUUCACUUCAUCUGGUUGAUCCGAGGGGAAUCUCGUUCAUCCCGCCGGCGCUAUGGCAAGAAUCGUGCGAUAGGCGAGGUUCAUGGGAAGAGAAUCACACAGGACUCACCCCAAUAG